AUAUAGCGUAAAAAAACUGGACAAAUGAAGAUCAGAAACUAUGGUUUCCUUCUAGCAGCUAUUUUAAGUUUGGUUUCUGCAACAAGGAACAAGCCAUUUGCAACAUACAAAAGUCCCCAUCUUCAACAAGUACGCAAAGACUUCAAUUCUGCUCAAGCUGCUUUGCAAAAGAUGCAGGGACUUGACAGCAUGGAAAGGGCAGGAGAUAAGAAUGAGAAUGCCAUUGAAGGGCUAAGGAGACUUGGUUCAACGCCACCAAAUUGUGAGCACAGAUGUGGAAGGUGCAAACCAUGUAUUGCUAUUCAAGUACCUACAAAAGCAGACCAUUUGGAGGUACAAUAUGCCAAUUACGAACCUGAAGGUUGGAAAUGCAAGUGUGGCACUUCUUUAUUCGAUCCUUAAAAAGUUUUCCCCUUUUGCCUUCCCAUUUCUUUUUUGGCUUCAAAAGUGCAGCGUUUCCACUCUCCUGCAUGUGUAAACUAUUGAAAAAUGAACACUCAUCUGUUCAAUGUACUUCUUUCCAUUUUAUGUGACAAUGAGAUGAGUGA